AUGGUUGUUUGCAAAUGCCGCAAGGCGACCAGGCUUUAUUGCUUUGUUCAUAAGGUGCCUGUUUGUGGGGAAUGCAUCUGUUUUCCAGAACACCAAAUCUGUGUGGUUAAAAAAUACUCUGAUUGGGUAAUUGAUGGAGAGUAUGAUUGGCCUCCUAAAUGCACUUUGUGUAAUGCUGCACUCGAAGCUGGAAGUGAUCAGACUACUCGAUUGGGUUGUUUGCAUCUUAUGCACACAAAUUGUUUGGUGUCACAUAUCCAAAGCAAUCCAGCACAAACUACACCAGCAGGAUACAUCUGUCCUGCAUGUUCUUCACCUGUAUGGCCUCCUAUAAGCAUUAAAGAUACAGGAUCUUGCCUCCACUCAAAACUCAAGGAAGCAAUAAUCCAGAGUGGCUUGGAAAAAAAUGUAUUUGGAAAUCACCUUGUCUCGUUGCCUGCAGCAGAGAGCCGUGUUCCUCCUCCUGCUUUUGCUUCAGAUCCACUUAUGCGUGCAUCUGGUGUUGAAGAUAGAGAUAAAAGUAGUGCAGAUUCAUUUCCCAAAGAAGGAAAACACCCGGAUGAAAUAUACACAUCUGCUGUUGGAACAGGUUCUACUAAACUUUCAGAACCAGAGAUUGUUGAAAUAGAUGGUCCUAGUUCUUUAGGAAACCAAUUUAAACCAGACCAAGAGCCCAACUUCAUGAAAAAUGCAAGCCCCAAGGGGCCUGGUGCUACCACAAGAAAGGGGACUUACCAUGUUGACAGACAAAAUUCGGAAAUAUCAUAUUAUGCUGAUGAUGAAGAUGGAACACAUAAAAAGUACACAAGAAGGGGUCCUUUCCGUCAUAAAUUUUUGAGGAUGUUGCUACCUUUCUGGUCUAAUGCAUUGCCAACUCUACCAGUGACUGCUCCACCACGCAAAGAUCUAACUAAUUCAAAUGAUGUUCUAGAAGGACGUCUGCGGCAUCAAAGAUCAUCAAGGAUGGACCCAAGGAAACUAUUGCUUGUGAUGGCAAUCAUGGCAUGCUUGGCAACAAUGGGCAUUCUGUACUAUCGAUUGGCACAGCGCAGUCUUGGUGAACAAGUGCCCGAAGAUGAACCUCAGUAGGCACUGUUUAGCCUUUUUCCAUGCUAGGUUUAUGGGGUAUUGUUUCAUAAAGUUUCUGGUCUCUGGGCCUUUGUUCCCGGCCAUUUCCCUUCCUGUGAAUUUGUUGAGGCAUAGCAAACAUACAGCCGCUGCACUGCUCCUUAGAGAGUGGUUAAAUGUUGAUUAUCAGUGCUGUUGAAAGAACCUUUGCUUACUAAAUCUUUAUCUCCUCAUUUAGCCAUUUUCCUCCCUUGGAAACCAUGUACAACUUUUGGAUACAUGUUGUUAUCUGUUGAUAGCCCAAUCUCUUGUGCUCCUAGGUUGGUGCAUUAUGUCGUCCUUUGUUGCGAUUCCCAUUUUUGCAGAGAAUGCUAGCUAUGCUUGAUUUGCUGUUUCAGAUGCCAUCAACUCAAUCUAAAACGUAUAUUUGCCAAAAUCUGUUUGUUUCCUAAGGUUUUUGAGGAGUAUAACAGAUGCGAUGUAAGUUUUCAUUGGAUUAGACCGUCCUCUCUUGGAUGUAUGCACUUUAUUCUCAGGAAGGGUUCGGAGCCAGGUCCUCAGUUUGAAACAAUGUGUGACCCCGGUGACUUGAGUAAUGUGGAGAUGCUUAUGAUUUGCCAUUAACAUGUGGUACUUAAUGUAUAUGGUUGCUGAUUAUCGAUACAAUGUUAAAAAAGAAUGUCUUUUGUACUCGUGCAAA